CCUCACAAUCCCUCCAAAGUUGUUCGCCGCUGACUGAUCCUUCCCCUUCCCUCAGCCAGGCAUUCAGGCAAACCCCCACGAACCACCAUAAACCGCACGAGAUGUAUCCAAUCCACGUCAUGAUAUCAUCACUUCUUCUUUUCAUUCUCCUUGCCACCCGGCCCCCCCACGCCCACGCCCACGUCCAGCACGGAGCCCACCACACAGCUCCAGUCGCGGAUGUCCCAGUGGGUCACCAGAUCGUUCCUCACAUAGGGGUCCUGGCUCACAAACCUCUCUAUCCGCUCCUUCGACACGUUGCGGAACACCAGCAUCGCGCCGUCAGGGGGGUUCGCAAAGGCACCGCCCAGAAGCAGCUCAUCUGACAUGAAUGACGGACAGGAGUCAGAGCUGUCUGCAGUGGGCAACGUCGUGUGUGGCCUGUACAGGCCUCACUCACACCCCCCCACACACCAGGUUGGAAGAAGGUCUUGAGGAGCUGCAGGUGUCCGCUUCUGUGGGGCUGCCUCUUUUCCAACACGUCAGCCACAUAGCUGUACCUGUCACACCACACACGCCACACGCCACAGACAGACAAGGCCAAGGAGAUCUGCCGUCGUUGCAAUGCACUGCUGCAGUGUUUGCCUCCCUCCUGUGGGAUGUGUGUGUCACCUUAGGACCCUGAAACUGUCCUGUGUGGCGCUUGGCACGCCCGCCACGUUGCCAGAUACGCGCAUCGUGGACUUCAACAUCUGAACGGUCAGGAUCCUCAGACCUGUCACGUCACGGCAGCAUCGGGCACCCUCGGGCAGGGGAACAGACAGG